UGUAGAGAGAGGGUGAGCAGGAACUGUGGCGCCACGUAUGCAGCAAUUAGGAUUCACAGAAUGAGAAAGAGUCGCGGUUUGGUACAGUAUUACUAACUAUAGGUGUACAAAUGACCUGCGCAUUUAGAUUACCCCACUAGCGACAUUUCAUUGGGUGUAAGGAAUCGAUAGUUAAAACAAAAAACAGUUGUUGGUCGUGGUUGUAAAGGAAGUUACGUUCGCUCCAAAACACACCAAGGUAGUCAACAAGUUUGCAGAACAGUGACAAUUGGAAAACUGAAAGCUGUGUCCCCUGCAAUAAUGUUUAGUUUUGAACUAAACUAUGCUUUUUAGGAGAAGAUGAGUCAGACAGAUAAAGAUCAACAAGAUGUCCCUUCAUAUCUUGGAGAUGAACCAUCAGAAGAUUCUAAUAAAGAUCACCCGCAACCUCAGCCAGGAAUGUUUUCCCGUGUGACUGGGGGGAUCUUCAGUGUGACAAAGGGAGCCGUUGGGGCCACAAUAGGAGGGGUUGCUUGGAUUGGGGGCAAGAGCUUUGAGGUCACCAAGACAGCUGUGACAUCAGUGACAUCAGUGCCGGCCAUGGGAAUCGGACUUGUGAAAGGGGGUGUCUCUGCAGUGGCUGGUGGGGUGUCAUCAGUGGGCUCUGUUGUGGCUAAUAAAGUACAUCUAACUGGCAAGAAGAAAGAUAAGUCUGACUAAAGGAGGAACAGCAUGAAACUGAUGCAGCAACAUUUUUCAGGGCCUUUGGGGAGGCCAGAUUUUUUUAUUUUUUCCCCACUGAACAGCUGUGGCAAAAACUGUCACAAGAAAUUGGGGGUGCGGGGGGCGGGGAAGCCAUAUGUUCCAGGACACUUUAAACAUACAGAAUGGCUGUGCUAAGAUAAACCAGCCAUUUGGCUUUCAACUCACAGGAGGCAGAGUGACUGUAUGUAAUUUCCAGAUAGUGCUUUUCUGUUAAUGGCAGACUCUAAAGAUGUGUGUUUUAGGAUAAAAUGAUACUGUUGCAGUUGUCUGAUCGUUUGUUAAAGAAACGGUAAAACGUGUGUAGGGUCACCUGUGUAUUUGCUUAACAUGUGCCAGACUUUUUGCUGUCCAGAAAAUGAAAAAGAAAGAAAAAAAUGUAGCAUUAUAGUGUUAAUGUAAAUGUACAUACUUUGAUAUAUCUGUGCAGUGUUUCAGAGUUUUCAUGCAACUUGAAGUGAUUGCCUAACUCAGUGCUUGAAAGUCAUCAUGCUCAUUCAUAGUCAGCGUGUGUUUUGAAGGAACAGUGUGAUAUAAAAGUCUGUAACUGCUUUUUGUUCCUGCACCAUUAUGAAGCUGAAAACUAAAUUUCAGGUCAAUUCAAUGAGUUAUUGGGAAGUCAUAAGCCACAGGUUUUCAUAGCAACGUAUUUAGUAUAAUAAAUCUAAUUGGCCUGGUAGUUGGGGCUAAAUGACUGGGAGCUUGUUUUUAUUCACUGCCUUACUGUAUUACCUUGAGUCACAUCAUAACUUUUUUAUUUUCAACUCUAAAUAAUAAACUCAAGUCAUACAUGUA